AACAGGAGGUGCUUCUGCUGCUCGGAGCAUCACAUUCAGCUCGGUGUCCAUCCCAGGAACGAGAUAUUCUCUCUCUCUCUCUCUCUCUCUCUCUCUCUCUUUAAUGCCUGGAUGUUCCAUCUUCACAACGAGGUUGUUUUUAUUAACCUACAGCGUGAGAGAGAUCUAAAGAAGACAGCUCAGGGAUGCUGCCUGGUUCCCGGUUCCCCUGGAGAACUGCAGCCUAAUUAACCCAAUAUUGAUCAAAUGGGCCCAAUUGGGACUCGUCCUCAUCCUCAUCCUCAUCUCGUCCGUCCUCAGGCACAACACUCCUGCCCCUGCUAACAGCGCACUGUGACAUCAUUCUGCCCUAAAUGAAAAACAAGGCAUCCUUUCUUAAGCCAUCAUGGGAGAAAGCGUUCAGAAAGAAGCCCAGGACGUACAACUGCAGGACCAACACCAGGAUCAUUGCCAACCCUGGACUGGUGUUCAAAGUGCUGCGUCGCAAGAAGAUCGUCGUCUUUCUCGCCUACUUCGUACUUCUCGCGCUGACCAUGCUGAACCUGGCUAACUACAAAUGGGCCACGGAGUCGCAAGCGUGCAGCCUCCAAGUGAGCGAUAACACGAACGUCCCGCACAGACCGAACCGCCACGCCGUCUACCGAGCGCCGCCGGUGAAGAAGAGGCAACUCGUGUACGUCUUGACCACGUGGCGCUCGGGUUCGUCCUUCUUCGGCGAGCUUUUCAACCAAAACCCUAGUGUGUUCUUUUUGUACGAGCCGCUCUGGCACAUUUGGCAGAAACUGUACCCUGGAGAUGCAUUGUCACUCCAAGGAGCACAAAGGGACAUGCUUAGGGCUUUGUACAAGUGUGAUUUCUCAGUUUUUCAGUUGUACAACACUCAACCUGGGAACAAUAUAACCACUCUGGGAGUCUUUGGGGCGCCGUUUAAUAAAGUCAUUUGUUCCUAUCCUCUUUGCUCGUUUUAUAAGAAGGAUGUGGUGGGAAUGGUUGACGAAAACGUGUGUAAAAAGUGUCCACGUCAGAGCCUUCAAGCUUUGGAGAAGGAGUGCCUAAAGUAUGACACCGUCGUGAUUAAAGGCGUGCGCGUUUUGGACAUCAAUGUCCUGGCUCCUUUGAUGGAGGACCCUUCGCUCAAUCUGAAAGUGGUCCAUUUGGUGCGCGACCCACGGGCCAUCGCCAACUCCAGGAUUCGGUCCAAGUACGGCCUGAUUCGGGAGAACAUGCAAGUGAUACGCAGCAGGAACCCGAAGGUCCGGCGUGUUCCGAUGGCUGACCCGAACCACAAAACCAGCAGGAAAGAUAUUUCGGACUACCAUGCCAUCGGAGCCCUGGAGGUCAUUUGCGAGCACAUGUCCAAGACUCUGAACACGGUCCUGAGCGCUCCUAGCUGGCUCAAUGGCAAGUACCUCAUGGUGCGAUACGAGGACUUGGUGGAAAAACCAGUCAGGACUUUAAAGUAUGUUUACCGCUUUGUAAACCUGACAGCUGGUCACGACAUGGAAGCUUUCGUCUUGAACAUGACUAGUGGCCACAGUAACUCUGCCAAACCCUUUCAGGUUUCAUCCAGGAACGCGACGCUGGCUGCUAACACGUGGAGAACGGUGCUUAGCCUCCAACAGAUCCGGCAGGUGGAGGACUACUGUCGUUACGGCAUGUCCGUUCUUGGAUAUGUACGUGCUCGUACGUUGUGGGAGGUGAAAGACCUGAGCAAGAGUUUAUUAACCUUUCCCAAGGUUUGAACACUUUGUAAUGGUCUACAGUCACAAAUUGAAUGGAGUGUAUUGACAUUUCCAUGCUGUCUAAAUCACAUGGUGUUGGGUUCUAGAGUAUACUUGGUGCCAUUUGAUCAAACGUACAGUACCUUGCAUUUGUUGCCAGAUUUACCAUUUCAGCUGUGCCAAGGUGUAUAUAGACUCAGAAAGCUGAUAUUGCUUUAUACCAAGCACAGGUUUCGAGGUUUCUUCUUUGCUAUUCACUCUAUUGAAACAGACAGCCUGCAACAACAUUUCACACCAAGUGUGUACGUGGGAUGUGGUGAGGCUUUUUGUGAAGAGUUGGACGGUUGGAAACCCACUCUAUUGACUCUAUGCCUUCUGAUAUAAAUAUAAAUAUUUAAUUAAGCAGGGAGUAUAUCAUGCUUUUAUAGACUUUGGGGUCUGGAUUUUUAACGACUGUAUAAUGUACAGCAAAUAACAUGAACUUAUUUCUGGUUAUGAUUUGAGUAAAUGAAUAAAUGAAUGAAGUGCCUUGUUUGGAAGGAUAGAAAAAAUCAUUGAUUGUAAUGAAAGACCAAAAAAUAA